GUGAAAACGGGCCUGGAUUGGAUCCUCGGCUGAAGACGUUGGCUGUCCACGAGCGGCGACGACAUCCUUGUCACGACUUCCGACUCCCACCGACUGAACUGCGGUGCAUCCGCGAUCGCAUCUCCACUCAUAAACACCGCAAGCGCCCUCCUUAAACCCUUGGGAGCCUCCGUAUAGGGACAAGAACUACCACGGCCGCCGCACACAACCCACGUUGGCCUCUCCUCCGCCACGGCACGACUCCUACGACACCACUACGCCAUCUCUUUCAGAUCCAGGGCACCCUCCAACCAACCCUCCAACUCCACAUAUACAUGCUUCCGACCCUCCGGUAGCCUGUGGGCCCCAACCGCGCGAGUGGACGUUGCUCCCACUCCUCAUCUAGCCCCCGUUGCGCCCAACCUCCCCAAGAGCCUCCCCCCACGGGUCUUGAUGCACGACGACACCGCAAACCCUCACCCACCCACGCCCGCAACCAUGUCCACAAACAGACCCUUCCUCUCCAACUUCCUCGCCGCCUUCCGCGCGCACUCCGCCAUCCAAAAAGCUGCGACCUCCCCGCCGUCGUCGACCGCACACAACGUUUACGGCUCCACCUCCGCCGCCUCCACAAACCCCUCCACAUCAUCAACAACGACGACGACAAGGACGAUCACUACCACCGCGAAACCCGGCAACCAGGGCGCCACCUCCGCCGCUGUGCAAGCCGCCGGCGCCCAGUUCCAGCCCACCCGCCAGCACGCCGCGCCCUACCACCGCUCCACAUCCCCUAAAGCCGGCGCUGGGUUCCCGAUUCCCGGUGCGGGCGCGCGGGAGCGCCGGGGGUCGGACAGCUCGAACGAGGGGUUCCGGGAGGUGAUGGGGAGUGAGAAGUGGUAUAUUGGCGGGCGGACGGCGGGGGGCGAAGAAAAGUUUUAUAAGCUCGGGAUGGUGAGGAAGCAGCGGAGUAUUGAUCGGUUGAGUUUGGAUCGGUUGAGUAUAUGAUUUUGGGGGUAGAGGAGAGGCGCGAUUUCGGAGAUUCUGGGGAGACUGCGAAGGUACGAUAUAGAGUAGAGGUGGAUGGGGGAAGGUGAGUGAUUCUGGGAUCUGCUAUUAUAAAAGCUGGGACGGUUGGGUUGGGACUGGUGCUUUGAUUAGAGCAUCAGAAUGGCGUUUUUUCGUUUUUUGGGUUGCAUUUGGGGGGAUGACUGGGUUUUGCGGGCUUUGUACUGCUGGUAGGACGGUUAUGGAUGGAUGAAUAUUGGGGAGUUUG